AAACAGCUCCUGUUUCGAGCGUAAAGAACGUUUUUUAAAAAUCGAAAACUAGAAUUAUGUUACUGCAGUUAGUUCUCCCUGGUGAUCAACAAUACUGUAAGAUUCAGCCUCUUUGUCUCUCUGACAGUGCCUGAAAGUUUGCGUAAUAAACAGGCCAGAAUCAUGUUUUGAAGUUGUGGGAAAGACCAUUUCGUAGACACGAGAUUCGGACAGAAGGGUGAAGGAAAGACUGUAUGUGCUGUCCCUCUAGGACAGAAAGCACGCUCGGCAGCGCCAGACGGCGGAAUUCAGAGGCUGCUCACGGCCGCCUCUCGCCCCGGCGUUAAUGGAAUAAAAAGGGCCCGGCAGGGGCGGGGACGGACGUCCGGCAGCGCGCCAGGCUCGGGCCAGCCCUGUUGUUGUCCACCCCCUUUUUCUCCCGGCUGAUGGGCCAGGCCGGGAGGGGGCGGGGCCGACAGGUGCCUUCAUGAAUAACUUAAAUGACCCUCCCAACUGGAACAUCCUGCCCAAUCGGCGCGAUCCCGGCGGUGACGGCAGCCGCUGGAAUUACGCCCUGCUGGUGCCCAUGCUGGGCCUGGCCGCCUUCCGGUGGAUCUGGACCAGAGAAUGUCAGAAAGAAAUAGAAAAAGAGAAAGAAGAGUACUACAGGAAAGAGUCAGCUUUACAAAAAGACCUGGAAGGCAAAUACCGGGAUAUAAUCACAGAGAACCGCCGCGCUGUGGCUCACCUGGAGGUGGAGCUGGAGAAGGAACGCAACAGGACCCUGAGCUACCGGGAAGCGCUCGUGUCUCAGAGCCGCAAACUGGUGGAAGAGAGGAGGCUCCUAGAGCAGGAGCAGGAGAAGUUGGAGAGAGAAAAACAAGUCUUUUUGCACUCUGGAGCAGAAGGUUCCUUGUACCAGAGUUGCCUGGCAAAGGAGGAAGAGUGGCAGCAGAGAGCCAAUAUUUUACUAAAAGAAUUUGAAGAGGGACUGAAGGAAAGACAGGACAUCUACUGUAGUCUUGUAGUACCCAGAAGUCAGAGACUAGAAAUAGAGAAAAAUCUGCUAGUUAAAGCAGCAACUAAUCCUGUUGCCGUGGCUUUGCAUGUGGAGAGUGGCUUACAAGAUAUUUUCAAACAUGAUAACUACUGUGGCAAUGUGCUGAACAGAACCAGAAGUCAAAAUGGAAAGCUGAUGUGGCUGUAUCUGAGAUACUGGGAACUAGCUGUUGAGCUGCAGAAAUACAAGAGGGUAGAAAAGGCCAUGCUAGGAAAACGCUAAGUAGGGGAAGCAGAGGGAUUCCAUGUGAUCCCCAUGCAUGGUAGGGACAAUCACAGUUGUAGUCUGAAGCUGUUAAACUCUUCUGCUGUGUUGCCGUCUCUCCUCCUUAGACUUGUGUUUGCAUGGGACGUGUGCUGUGCUGUGCCUUUCCUCUCACUAGCAGCAGAUGCUCUGGCGAGCUGUGCAUGCUCCUGAACUCCCUGAGAGUGUGUGUGUUGCAGUACAGGGAUUUGCCAACUCCCCAGGUGUCAGAAGCAGCAAAACAGAACUCAGAUUAGAGGGAUUUGCCUCGUUGAUGGUCGCACUCCAGCAGCAGAGAAUGGUCAUUGGUAUCCCCCAGGUGUGGUAGCAUGUUGUGCUCCUUAUCUCUGACAUUUUACAUGGUGUCUCAACACUGUCUUUUUUUAUUACUAUUAUUUUUUAAAAAUGUGUUUAAGCAAGACUGAUUUUGAGGCAGGUGUUUGGGAGAGAUGGUGCUGGAGCCAGCUGCUUGACACGUAAAUCUUUCAUGUCUGUGUGUUGAAAUAUAUAAAUAUAUAUGUAUCUAUAAAUACAUACAUAUAUAUAUACACAUAUAUGUGUGUGAAUGUGUGUGAGUAUGUAAGUGUAUGUGAAAGUAUUCUGAGGGUGGAAUAGAUUGAUCCUGUUUCAGAAUAGUCAGUCUUGCAUUGUCUUCCAGCUUCAUAUACAAAUAGUGCUUUAUGAAUGAAACAUCCAAAAGAUGCUAGUUCAAAUAACACAUAAAGAAACAGAUUGAUGUUUUAUUGGCACUUGGGAUUCAUUAUCAAAUUCUAGGGAAUAUGUAAACUGGAAGUUGUAUUUUCAUGUAUUGGAUAUACCUUAAGAAUACUUCUUUUUUUCCUCAGUCAAGGUUUUAGUUGUAACCCAACAAUGUGCCACCAUUAUGGAUGUCCCCAUGCUGCUGCUUCUGCCUCUCAGGGCACUGGCUGCCUCCUGGGUUGCUUGCAAGAACCUCCUUGCACCUGGCUGUGUUCCUUGGAUGGGUCCUGUUUGUUAUUUGCAGAUGGGAACAUAAAUGCAGCCUGCAUUGGUAGCCACUGCUGUCUCUCCACCUGUCUCCCCUCUCCCAGAACUGAAGUACAUACCCUUUUCUGCAGCUCUGGAAUUUUGUGCUUGUGGUUCACCACUUUACAUACACGUGGCCAUGAAAGCCUACAGAUAUACAAGCUUUGUGAGCUUUUAAGAAAGGGAGCUUUUUAAUUUAGCUAGUAAAAAAUAUAUAUAUUUGGUAAGAAAUAAAAUAAUGAGUGGAAUAAUAAAUAAAGAAUAAACAUCCAGAUUAAAAAAUCCAACAACAAACAAAACUUAAAAAUCCAGUGCAUUUCAAUUUCUUAGAACUUUGAGUAUGCUUUGGGUCCUUUAGCAGUAGGAGCCACCUUUUUUCAAACAUGCUGUGUAUUUAAAAUUGUAAGAACUUUUUUCUUCCCUCUUUCUAAUCCAGCCUUAGACCUCAAAGGGGCAGUGUUUACCCUUGUGUUUAUAACAUCUAUUCUUCUCUGUUACUUGACUUUGAUUAGUGCUGGUAGGUUGUCAGCUCAUUAAUUAGCAGUUUAUUAUUUACUGAGGGCUGGACUUGACAAAUGUGUUUGCACUAGGCAAUCAUGUAGAACCAUGGCUUGGAAGCAAUCCAAGCUAAGUGAAUGCCCAUCUUCCUGCAGAUGUGGGGGUUUUCUCCUGGUUUCAUUUUAGUCUGAGCACAGAAGACAGCAGAUAAAUCUUUUGAAACAAUAUGCACAACUUAAUCCAGUUCCUAAGUAGAAAUACCUAACAUGAAACAAAAUUCCUGAGCAGAAUAGAUGAUUCCCAACUACUCAGUUUUCCAGUUGAGGUUUUGCUCACCUUGAUAGUACUAAUUGUACUGUUGUGUUGACUUAUUAAUCCUUUCUCCAUGAUGAUUUUUUUAAUGAAGUGGACAGACUUGGAGGAAAAAAGAGAGAUCACAAACACCAGAAUGUUUUUGGCCACAGUUUGUCAGGGUGCCAAGCAUAUUUGGGUUGGGAGAUGAGAAUACAACUGAGUUGCUAAUCAUGUGUGAUGCCCUGAGCUGAGCUGCUGCAGCUGGACACAGGCACACAGUCUGAUUGCUCAGGAGAACAAACUAGUUUGGAUAACAGCCUGUGUGUAAUUCCUGCAGGAUGUGGAAAGUGACUGUCCAGCUGUGGCACACUUUGCAUGUUCCUGCAGGCAGUUGAGCUGCUCAGCUAACUAAGAGCAGACAGUGAAUCAGUGCCAGUGUAUUUGAGAUUGAUGCCUUGAAUUUGUGUAAGUUAGCCUUAAAAGAUCAAAGGUUUUGUGCUUUUUCAUUUUUUCAUAGUUUGUUAUGCAUAUCACUCAAAAUGUUUAAAGAAAAUGUAAUCAAGGGUAAAAUACUGGUUUUUCAGUAUGAAUAUGUACAUUUAAGCCUUACACGAAUGUACAGGGCUGGAUGCAAUGUAGUAAAGGUUUGGUAUUCUCUUUCUCUUUUUUAGACGUGUCAUUUUUUUGUACAGCUAAUUGAACUAUUGUUCAUGGACGCUUUGAAGAUCAUUGUCUCAAGACAGAAGGGUUAUUUCAGAAAGCUUUUUAAAAGUGUAUGACUGAUUUAGAAUCACUGGUCUUGUUAGUUUCUUCCAAAACUCAUGUUUAUGGAAAUGCAAUUUAUUUUUGAAACGUUCCCCCUUUGUAGGUUGUUAUUCUGAAAAUUCUAAUGUAAGUUUUGUCUUGCCCAGCACUUGUUCUGAAUCACUUAAUAGUUUGGAACUGCCCAUAUGCAUAUGUAGAAUGCAAGAAUAAAUUGUUUUCAAAGUAUUUAAUGAACUUAUUUUUAUUAUAAAAUUGUCACUCAGCUAUUAACAAUAACAAUUAAUAAAAAACUUUAAAUAUU